AUGCCUCCCUCUCAUGAGGCCGCUGUGGCCCAAAUUGCAAACGUUGUCAAGACCUUUUUCGCCCGGCGCGAGCCGUUUCGAGUUUUUCAUGGCUCCACCAACUCGACUCGGCCGGCGCAUGGCGCCAAGGUCGUCGAUAUCAGCCCCCUGAAUAACGUCCUCGAGGUCAAUGAAGAGACGAAAACCGCCGUGGUGGAACCCAACGUCCCCAUGGACAAGCUCGUGCAAGCCACACUCGCCUGUAACCUCGUACCGCCCGUCGUGAUGGAGUUUCCCGGUAUCACCGUCGGGGGCGGGUUUGCAGGCAGCGCGGGCGAAAGCAGUUCCUUCCGAUACGGCUAUUUCGACCAGACCGUCCGGUCCGUGGAGCUCGUCCUGGGGACCGGAGAUGUAGUGCAGGCUUCGCCUACCGAACGUCCCGAUCUCUUCCGGGGCGCUGCCGGCACGGCGGGCACCUUGGGCAUCGCUACGAAGCUCGAGCUGAACCUGAUCCCGGCCCGGCGUUUUGUCAAACUGGAGUACCACCGGCACAACACCGUCGGAGACACCCUCGCGGCCGUCCGGCGCGCUACAGAAGACCCGUCAAACGACUACGUCGACGGCAUCAUCUACUCCAAGACGCUCGGCUUGGUGAUGACCGGGAAGUUGACGGAUGAACUGCCAGGCUCUGCACGACCGCAAACCUUCAGCGGCGCCUGGGACCCCUGGUUCUUCCUCCACGCCAGGAAAAAGGUCGACUCUCUCGACGCCAAACCCAAACCAAACGGCAGCACCACCAACAACAACGGGGAACACCCCGACCCCCCCAGCCCACCAACCGACUACAUCCCCCUAGCCGAGUACCUCUUCCGCUACGACCGCGGCGGGUUCUGGGUCGGCGUCCAAGGGUUCACUUACUUCCCCAUGGUCCCCUUCAACCGCUUCACCCGCUGGUUCCUCAACGACUUCAUGCACACCCGCAUGUUAUUCCGCGCCCUACACGGGAGCAACAUGUCCUUCGGCCAAAUGGUCCACGACCUAUCCCUCCCCUACGGCACCGCAGAGUCCUUCAUCGACUACACCGCCGAGCAUCUCGACAUCUGGCCGCUUUGGCUCUGUCCCCUGCGCGCCAUCGACCGGCCCAGUUUCCACCCUUCGUACUACGGCCCGAGCGAUGAAGGGCCGCCACAGCCGAUGAUCAAUAUCGGGUUGUGGGGGCCUGCCUCGCAGGACGUGGAAACGUUCAUCCAGCAGAACAAGACGCUAGAGAACCGGCUGACGGCGUUGGGGGGGCGUAAGGUGCUGUACUCGCACACGUAUUACACUGAGGAGGAGUUUUGGGGGUUGUAUGAUAAGCCGUGGUAUACCGGGCUAAGGGAGAAGUAUGGGGCCCAGACGCUGCCGACGCUGUAUGAAAAGGUCCAUGUGAAUGUUGCGAAGGCCGUUACGAAGCAGCGUGGUGAUGGAAGUAGCGGGAAAGGGUGGUUUGGGUGGUUGUCUGGCGUUUGGCCCUUCCCGGGCCUGCUUGGUAUACGUUCUGCGAUUAGGAGUAAGGAUUACUUGAUCCACCGUCAGCCGGGUUGGACGUAUUGGAAGGACACGGAGCUGCGGGUUCGCGCGUUAGCGGGUAGACAAGAUGUAGGCAAGGGAACAUGA